AUGCCCCCACCGACCAUACCAUUCGCUGCUCGAUCUCGGGUCCUCGCUCCCCACCCAUCCUCAACCACACUCUCCCAUGUGCUAGGACUCGUACAGAAUGGCUACCUGGACAAAGCAUCGAGGGUGGCAGUAGCGCAGAUCAGGCGGAGCAGUGGAGUAGCUGGAUCUGGAUCUGGAUCUGGUGUUGGAUCAUCAUCGAUCGGAAGCACCAAAUCACCGAGCUCAUCUCUCGAAAGGCGAUCCAUGUCACAACGGCAGAACUUCCGAACGUAUUCUGCCAGUGCUGCUCAAACGGUCGAUCAUGAGUCUCAAGAUUACCAUCAACAUCACCAUUCCUCCCCAUCUACUUCUGAUCAAUCCUCAUCAUCUACCUUCCAUCAGUUCUCAGUCCCACUUUCCGAGCGACCUCGUCGAUCGAAGUACACAUCGUUUCAACCUAAUCAACCAAUACGCGAUCAAGCAAUAACCAAAGAUAAGAAAUUCUUCGUCGCAUUCGAUUAUCCCGAUCCGUGGUCAAUGUUACCGGAAGACUUCUAUUCUAGAUUAUACAACGGUGCUUUCCAAUCUGCUUCUCACUUCUCACACGAUUUCGAACUCAAAUCUUUCGAAACUCGUCAUCUAGGGUCGAUAGGGAAUCUGUUAGGUGUCUUUGCGUUAUUUAGGGAUACGGCAGAACAUGAAGAUUGGUUAUGGUUGAUAUCGAAAUUAGAUCGAUUGACAGAGAUACUAGAUAAUGUCAAACCACCUCCUCGACAGCGCGGGUUGACAUCCCUGGUAUGCUCCAUUAGAGGAUACGCCCUGGCUCUCACGGGCGAUAGUGAAAAAGCCAAAGAGGUAUUAGCAAAUUUACAAUAUCUAGAUGCAAGGAACCCCGGAAAUACCUUACCGACUUCUUAUUCUAUUGCUGCUUUAGCAUACGUGGAGAUGGGAGAAUGGGAGUUGGCGAUGAAAAGGAUACGGGGAGCCAUCGAUAGAGCGGUCCAAAGGAUGACCAGCAAUGAUGCUACCAAACUCAGACAGGAAUGCGAUUAUCCCUCAUUCGAUUUCGGUUUACUACAAUCUUACGAAAAGUCAGUCUUGGAUGCCUCUAGAAAUGACGAUUUGAUCGAAUUGGUCAGAACCGCCAGUUAUACCGUAAGGAAAUUCCUGAUCAACUCGACUCAACGUCCUCAUCCAUUCUCCAUGCAGCUCACCAAUCUCUUACUUGGAUCCCUCGCCCGGGUCGGAUCGCCCGUCGAAUGGUGGACAGAUCGAUUCAACGCAGAUUCCAGUGUCAACACGAGGACACUGGGUAUUUUCUUGUUUAUUGCCAUCACUCGUGAUCGCACGAAGCUUCAAGAAGCCAUCAACCUCUUAGAUAUUUUCAUCGCCAACGGGACUUCCGUACCGACCUCUGCAGCUAUCAGCCUCUGUUCACUCCUUGUGACGGAAUCAACUAGUGAUGCUUGGAAGCUGUAUCAAAGGAUAUGUCAAGAAUACCCAAAUUUCACUCAUGGUGCUUUAUCUCAGGCUAUGCGUCUGGCUGGUCAAGCAGGUUGGGUAGAGGAAGAACAGAGAUUAUGGAAUCAGAUAUCCGCCAAUUAUACCCCCACCGGCAAAGACCGUUUGGUAGCUGCUCGGUAUCACGCCUAUAGAGGAAGAGUAGCAGAUACAUUAGCAAUGCUCGAAACUCGUGUCGGACCGAAUUUUGAAUCGAAACCCGCUGCGUUAGAGAUACUCUUCACGGCUUAUAUCAAUGCAAAUAACUCGCAAGGCGCUGAACGAGUUCUACACCAAAUUAACGCCAUCGAACCUCGUUUAUACCCUUACAACGCUCUCCUACAGCUGUACGCAGAUCAAGUCAACGUAGAAGCCGCUGUGAGAUUGUUCGACGAAUUGUCCAAUUCUACCUUACGACCUGACAUCCACUCUUACACCGCUCUCAUCUCGCUUUUCGCCCAUCGACGUGAUCCUGUCAACGCAGAUAAUGUCUUCCAAGCGAUGAUAGACGCGGGUAUUGAACCUGAUGCGAUUGCCUAUGCGGCAGUGAUUGACGCAGAAGUGGAAACUGGAGAAUGGGUAGCUGCCCUCGACCGAUAUAAUCGACUUCCAAGACAAUUCAAACACCAUCAAGCUGUUUCUACUGCAAUUAUCAAAGCUCUUGUAGCUCUGUCAUCGCCACCUGAGCACGUCAUGAGUGUCUUCCGUCGAAUUACCAAUCCAAAUCCACAUACUUGGGCACUCGUUAUUCAAAACGCCUGUGAUGCAAGUGAGAUGGAAGUUGCUCGAGAACUGUACGAAGAGAUGGACAAUGCGUCUAAAUCCAACAAGGGACCUUCACCUGAUGCCUAUGCCUUUUCGAUCCUCUUACAUGGUUAUAUGCGAUUAGGGGACGGUGCGUCUGCCCGAGCGGUCUACGACGAAAUGCUUUCUAGGGAAGUAUUACCGUCAAGUGUGACUUAUGGAAUGAUCGUCAAGUCAUUCGCAGAGGCGAGAGGGGAGAGAUCACUGGAACAAGCUCAUGAUUUCGCUAUGAACGUUUCGAAACAGGCCAAAGCUGGUAAUAUCGCUGAUAGAAGACAUGAGAAAGCCCUAAUCAACCAGAACAUCUUCAGUCCCCUUGUGGUCGCUCACGGCAAGAAUCAGAACUUCGAUAUGGCUCAGAAGUACUUUGAUCUCGCUCAAGAUGGAUCAGGAGAAAAUAGGGAGAGUGUACAUAUGUAUACGCAAUUGAUGGAUGUUUAUAGACGUGCGGGAGACUCGGAGAAGGUACUGGAAAUUUGGAAUAAAACUUUCCAGUUGGCUUGCGACACGACAUCUUUUAGGAAAUCUACCUCGGAAGGAGAACAAGGAGGUGUAUUACCGACGAGUCGAAGUAACGAUAAUGUCCUUUGUAUACCGCUUUCAAUUGCGCUGGACAGUCUAUCGAUCGCGGGGAAUUACCUUCAAGUGAAGAAGAUAUGGAAUGACGUCCAAGAUGCUGGAUUCGGAUUUGAUGCCGGGAAUUAUAAUCAUCUGUCUGUCGCUUUGGCUCGAACCGGUGAUAUAGAGGGGGCUUUCAAAAUUGCCGAUCAGAUCUUGCUUAGGAGGUACGAAGAAAUCAAGUUUAGAAAGAAUGAAGCUAUGAGGGAAAGUCAGAAACUUAAAUCUGUCCAGCUCGAACCAGAUCAGGAUUAUCGAGAAGUAUAUGACAACCCUCUCGAGGCGGAGACAUUCGAUAUCACCGAUAGACCUGUUGAACCAUUCCAAGGACCUCCCAAUCGACGACACAUGUUUCAUGGUCGAUCACCUUUCACUUCUGAAGCGAGGAAUGACCCGACGAGCGAAUUGGAAUUAAAGUUGUUAUCCAGUUGGAGACCUAGUGAUAUACUUUGGAGACCUUCCUUGUUGACGAUCAGUGUGUUGGAUACGGCAUAUGCUCAAUUGGAAGAUGCGAAAGCUAGGAGAGCAUGGCUACCAUUGAGUAUAAGUGAUGAGAAUGAUAAUGAGGAUGCCACCGCAGGUACCAUUACAAGUGGCUCCGUAGCUGGUGGAGUCGAAGUAGGAGAAAGGAAGAAGAGGACCUAUGGGAUCGUUUUACCUUUAUUCGGAGGUGUACCUGUCCGUAAUCAUUAUACCGGACAACCCCAUCGUAAAGGACCGACAGAGUUGUUGAAAUCGAUAAAUAAACGAUAUGCCAGACUUGUGGGAUUGAUCAUGUUUCAUAGGAAGAAGAGGAUGGCUAGGAAGAUUAGGGAUAGACAAGGAAGGUAG